AUGCAGCGCUCACCUCGUCGCACUGCUCACCCCCUCCUCCCACGCCACGCCUCUCUGCGCUGUUUACUCACAGCAGCCACCACCCGCCCUGCCACCUCGUGUGAGGCGCAGGGCACAGGGGGGGGCGGGAGAGAGGGUGGUGUGCGGGCAGCAAGCAGGGCAGCACCCAGUGUCCCCCAUGACCACAGCAGCGCUGCAGGGGAGGCACGUGGUGAAGGCAGCAGCAGUAGCAGAAGUGCGGGGUGCAGGGCAGAGGGCAGGGCAUGGGAGGGCGGCCACGAGCCUAGUCUGAGCGGCCUGGCAGCAGCUUCUGUGCGCCAGGCCGCCCUGGCGUGCCGCCUGUGCUCGCGCUCCGCCCCUCGUCACUCCUCUGCACCGUUUCUCACCGCUGACAUGCCAGUACAGGAAGUGGAAGCUGCGACGAAGCUGCUGGUGGUGGCAGCGCUGGCGUGUGACGGGCGGGGUGGCGAGGCAGUGAGGGCGGAGGGGGGCUUGCAGGCGGUGGGACUCGUGGUGGUUGCACGCGUGGCCCUGUGGACCAAGGGGGGCGAAGGGGAGGGUGAGGGGCAGCGGGAGGGGGACAGAGGGGAGGUGGGGGGUUUUGUUGAUGAUGGGAGGAAGGGCGAGGCCGGAGGAAGGUCGGGGGAAGUUGAGGGGUGGGCAGGCAGAGCGCGAGAGGAAGGUUAUGGGGAGGAUGAUUGGGGAUGGGAUGAGGGGAAUGAGGCGUGGUGGGGGGAGGGGGAGCUGGAGGGAGGGGAGGACGAGGUGGUGGUGGGAGUGAUGGGGGGCGGGGGAGGCAGCGACGCCAAUGGGGAGAUGGGUGCUGACACCAUGCUGCUGGCUCAUGAGAGGCCGGACAUACCACAUGCGCCAUACAGUGCUGACGUCACAGCAUGGCAAGGUGCUGACAUCAUCCUGUUCUCUGGCCUCACAGCCCUUGUCGCCCUCCUGCACCGCGCACAGCCGUUACCAUCGCACCCCAUGGCAGUGGCAUUAGAGCCACUGGCACUCACUCCCCCCGGCACACUCCUCCCUGACAACCUCAUCCCCGCCCUCACUCGUCUCCUCCAUCCCGCAUCGCCUGCCGGUCUGCGCUGCCUCGCUGCCCGAUGCCUCUCGCUCUGCCGAUCGCUGCCCCGCCCUCCCCCACCCUCCGCUGCACUGCCUGCUGCUGCCAAACAGCCCUCUCAGCAGCAGCCCUCUCAUCAUCCUCCAUUUCUCCAGCCGCCUGCCACACACAGUGAGCCACCCCCCCUGGGAGUGCCAACUGCUGUGGCCCGUGACAUCCGCUCUGCCCUCACGUGCCUCCCCCCUUCCUCCUCCCCGGCCUCUUCCCCCCACGCCGCUUCACACACUCACUUCACCCCGCUCACGCCCUCCCCUGCAAGCCCCACGGCGCACGUGGCGUUCGUCGUCACGCACCCCUCUGCACCCACUUCUACUGCUGUCGCCUCCCCACUGCGAGUGGUGGCGCAUGCGGCAAUCAUUGCUGCCCGCUGCCCCACCCUCCUCUCGCCCCUCAAAGCCCCCUCUGCACCGGCUUGCCCCUCCCCAUCUGCCUCCCCCCAUAGCACCCGCUUUCUUCCCGUUCAGGAAAAGGAUGGGGGGGCGAGUGGGCAAGCGCUGGCAGCGAGGGGAGGAGUUCGGGCAGAGGGAGAGGAGGGGGUGGUGAGAGAGGUGCGCCUGGGGAAGGGUGUGAGUGGCGAGACGUUCAGUCAGCUCUUGGAGUAUAUUUACACGGGACAGGUGUCGCUCUCUCAUUGGCUGUCAAAGGAUCUGCUGCAGCUGGCUAAGAAGUGCCGAUUGGAUGGGCUCGUUGCACUCCUUCGCUGUGAUUGGCCGAUCUGGGGCAGGGAUGAUGCGAUGGGGUGUGAUCUGACGUCAGCACUUGGUCCAGCUGGGCUGCCUUGGAGCGACAUUGUGCUGUGUGUGCCGUGCGCGCGCCACGCUCCCCCCUCCCCCACGCACCAACCACCUGCAAGCACCAGCAGCCGUGGGGAAGAGGCGCACCAUGAGGCGUGCGGAGGGCCAGAUGGGGAGGGCAGCGGCGAGGGGGGUGGCGGGCAGGGGGGCGUGUGGCGGUGUGUGCGGGUGGCGGCGCACCGCUGUGUGCUGGGGGCGCGCAGCCAGUACCUGCACGCCCUGCUGCACUGCGGCAUGCACGAGAGCUCGCAGCACGACGUGCAGCUGCCACCACUGCCCCUACCAGCGCUCAUCGCUCUCCUGCGCUUCCUCUACUCCGCCCGCGUCUCCUUCCUCCCCCUCCCCCUCCCUCCCCAUGCCACCCGCACGCCCACCAACAUCAGCCACCUAACCCCCACCACUGCUGCUGCGAGCCCCAGCCGGCAUCACAGCGCUCCUGUGCCACUCUCCUCUGUGCGCCUGCCCCCACUCUCGCUCUCCACUCGUCUGCUCUCCGCAGUGCACCUCGCAUCGCUCGCUCACCAGUGGAUGCUGCCCGCCCUGCACCACAGCGCCCUCUGCUACGUGGCAGCACGCCUGCGCGCCACCUGGCAUGACCCAGUCAGCAGGGACCCCGGUUACUGUGCGGUUGACUGCAGUGAUGGCAGCAGUAGCAGAGGCAGCAGCAGCACCGCCACCACUGGCACGGCUGCUGCCACCCCGGAUUGGACCACUGAGAGCCCAGUGGCGCCGUGGGCGGCAGGGGAGGUGGUGGUGCGGGCGGCAUGGGCGGCGGGGCAGUGGGAGAUGGUGGGAGAGGCGGUGAGCAGCCUGGCGCCGUGGUAUCCCGCCAUGCGCCGCACUGCCUGCCUGCACCGCCUGCCAGCGCAGGUGCAGAGCGCUGUGAGGGAGGCGCACGUGCGCUUGCUCACUGCACACCACUGA